UCAAAUUCAAUCGUCUGAUUACUCAAAUGGGUUUUACUUUUUUCCUGCUAUUUGUUUCAGUUUUGUGAUCGCAUUAUUCAAAUGUCGCAUGAAAUUAUUGCACAGCAUAUGUUGCGUCAUUUGACUUGCUCGAGAGUGUUUUAAAUUAGGUGUUGAGGCAGGGUGUUUCCAGCUUCGUUUGCUUUCUACUUGGUUUCCGUUUGGGAGCUGAGAAAGUUGCCAGAAUUUGGAUUUAUUCCGAAAUUGAGUCUAUAGGCCAACCGUCUUUGAUGCAUUUCAGCUUUGAUUUCUGGACAUGGUUCCGCAACCAAAGGUCCGCUUUAGCUCUUUGGUUCUUGGAGACACGGGCAAUCUCAUCUUCACAUUUGUACCACUUAUUUUUGUCCACUUAAAUAUCGGUUGAAAAAGAUGGAAGUAUCCACUCCAGAACCAAGGAUCGAAAACCCAACUGACAGAUACCCUCUGCUCGUGGAGCCACAACAUAACAAUGAACAUCCGGGGCACGUUAUUGACAUCGAAAGAGCUUGUGGUGCUUCAUCUAGCUCAUGUCAUAAUGGUUCUUCGCGUGGCUCCAAUAUGCCUCAUCAUGAUGUUAGAAUGUCAAGUACUGUUCCCCUCCCCAUUCCUCAAUUGCCUCCAUCUCCGCCGAAUGGAUCAAACUCUAGAAGGUCUUCAGUUGCAAGAGGAGGGGAAGGGUCUGGUCGUCAUCGUUGGAGCCCAUUUAAUGUCAUCUUGUGGCUUUGGAUUCAGCUAGUAUUCACUGUAGGCCAAAUUAUUGCAGCCAUUUUUGUUUUGUCUGUAUCAAUAAAAGAGUACUCGCAAACUCGAUUGUUGGCUUGGAUUGUGGGUUAUGCAGUUGGGAGUGCUGCAAGCCUUCCUGUAAUCUACUGGCGUUAUCUUCACCAAAACCAAGCUCGGUCCUCUGAAACGGAAGGUGGUCAGACUACAUCUUCAGGUUCUUGGAAUGGUCAGACAGUGAGAGUUCCAAAUGCUAGGCUCAGUGCGAUGAUGCACCACUUAAAGAUGACCUUGGAUUGCUUCUUUGCAAUAUGGUUUGUUGUUGGCAAUGUAUGGAUCUUUGGAGGGCAUUCAUCAUCUUCUGAUGCUCCCAAUUUGUACAGGUUAUGCAUAGUGUUCCUUACGAUUAGCAGCAUUGGGUAUGCCAUGCCAUUCUUUUUAUGCUCCAUGAUUUGCUGCUGUUUGCCUUGUAUUGUUUCUAUCCUCGGUGUCCGUGAUAAUUUGAUUCAAAUGAGAGGGGCUUCUGAAGAAACUAUUACUGCUUUGCCAACGCAUAAAUUCAAAUCAAAGAAUAAAAUGACCCAGAGCAGCGGAGACAGUGCUCCAGGAGUUGUUGAUGGUGGGUUUGUGGCAGCCGGUACAGAAAGAGAACGCAUAAUCUCAGAAGAAGAUGCUGUGUGUUGCAUAUGUUUGGCAAGUUACUCACAUAAUGAUGAGGUGAAAGAAUUGCCUUGCUCUCAUUUCUUUCAUACAAAGUGCAUAGAUAAAUGGCUGAAGAUCAAUGCAUCCUGUCCUCUAUGUAAAUUCGAGAUUGGUGACAGAGGGAAUUCAUGAUCUACUGCUGAUUCCAGCCUGAAAUGUGAAGUACGAAAGAGUUAAAGUUGUGUGGUACACCAAAUGUGAUCAGUUUGUGGACUCAACUUGCUCUUUUAAUUGUUUACAACUGAUUCUUGCCCCAGUUUUUGGGCCGCUGAAUCAGGGUUGCAUAGUUGAGCAAAAUCGAAAUUCUUUGUCAUGCUUGUAUAAUAGUAAUUUCUUGCUUCUUCAAGAUCAAACAUUGAUAAUAGAACACUGAAUAUGGCUUGCUGUUGUCUGGAAUUGAUGAAUGGAUGAAGGCUUGAAUAGGGAUUAAUC